GUCGCCAAUCCCACACUAAAACCACGCAACAUCCUGAUAUCAUGGGGAGAAUUUUUUCUCUUUGCAUAUUCUUAGCUUUCUUAGUUCAUUUUUCGACACUUUCCUUUGUUAAUGCGGAAGUGACCGACAUUUCCACAGAUAAACAAGCUCUUCUUGCCUUGAAAUCUUGUAUAAGCCAUGAUCCUAGCAACUUAUUGGCCAACAAUUGGUCCAUAAGUAGCUUUUUUUGUGAUUGGAUUGGUGUCACUUGUGGCGGUGCCCAUCACCAAAGAGUGAUAGCUUUAGAUAUUUCUAACUUGGGUCUUACAGGCACCCUUCCUCCUCAAAUAGGAAAUCUAUCUUUCCUUGUAACUCUAUCCAUCAGAAACAACAGCUUUCAUGGCUCUUUGCCUGACGAGUUGUAUCAGUUACGUUCAUUGAAAUACUUAAAUUUAGGUUAUAAUAGAUUUUCUGCUGGACUGCCUGAAAGCAUUUUUGAUAAUCUUCUCAAUUUGGAAUUCUUUUCUUUGCAUUCAAACAUGUUCAAGGGAAAAAUACCAUCCACUUUAUCAAAAUGCAAACACUUGCAACAGUUAGGUUUGUCAUCCAAUAAUUUCAUAGGAGCCAUUCCAAAAGAAAUCGGAAACUUGACUCAGCUUAAGUUGAUAGAUCUUGGAAGCAAUAAACUCCAAGGUGAGAUACCAUAUGAAAUUGGCAAUCUUCAUAAUCUGGAGGAUUUGGAACUUCCAUCUAACCAACUAAUUGGCCCUGUCUCAGCUGCUAUAUUGAACAUCUCAACAAUUAAAACACUUUCAUUGUAUGACAAUCAACUCUCCGAAAUUCUUUCAUCAACUGCACAGCUUCCAAAUCUUAAGGAAAUUGUCUUGUGGAGUAAUAAUUUCAGUGGGUCGUUUCCUCAUUUCAUCACCAAUGCUUCCAAGCUCUCCAUGCUAGAUAUGUCAGACAACUCAUUCUCAGGCUUCAUUCCUAGUACACUUGGUAAUUUAAAAAAUCUUGAGAUACUAGAUGUAAAAUCUAAUUACUUCACAUCUUCUACUCCAGAUAUGAACUUUCUUUCAUCUUUGGCAAAUUGCGAGGUUUUAAGAGUUCUAAGAUUAGGCAAAAAUCCACUAAAUAGCAUCAUUCCAAGUUCAAUAGGGAAUUUCUCUAUUUCUUUGGAAUAUCUUAACAUAAAUGAUUGCAACAUUAGUGGCAACAUUCCCAAAGAAAUCGGAAAAUUAAACGUGAUAGAAUUACAAUUACAAGACAAUGAACUGACUGGAUCAAUUCCAAAUACGAUCGAUGGAUUGCAGAAUCUCCAACGUUUGUAUCUUCAAAAUAAUAAACUUGAAGGAUUCAGCCCAAAUAAUCUCUGUCAAUUAAGUAAAUUGGCUGAGUUGCAUUUGGGGGGAAACAAGUUCCAUGGAACCAUACCUACAUGCUUAGGUAAUCUCACGACACUGAGAAAAUUGUAUUUAGGUUCAAACAAGUUAACGUCUGUUAUACCAUCAACUUUGUGGAACCUUGAGGAUAUCUUGUACUUUGAUUUGUCAUCAAAUUAUCUCAAUGGAUCUCUUCCAUCAAACAUUGGAAAUCUUAAGGUUGCAAUAAAUAUUGAUCUGUCGAGGAAUCUUUUUUCUGGAAAUAUUCCAGUUGUUAUUGGAAGCCUAGAAAAUCUACAAUAUCUCUCUUUAGGAUACAAUAGAUUAGAAGGCUCAAUUCCUACAACAUUUGAUCACUUGACAAGCAUAGAAUUCUUGGAUUUGUCUAGUAACAAACUCUCAGGGGUUAUUCCAAAGUCUUUAGAGAACCUCUUGUCCCUCAAAUAUCUAAACUUGUCUUUCAACCAAUUAAGAGGUGAAAUUCCUACAAGAGGAUGUUUUGCAAAUCUUUCGGGUGACUCAUUCAUGGGCAAUCUUGCAUUAUGUGGUUUUGAUCCCCAACUAAAAGUUCCACCAUGCCAAAGUAGCACUCAUCGCAAAUCAAAAGUUCUCUUAUUGAUUGUCUUGUCACUAAGCAUUGCGGUCACAUUAGUUGUGCUAGUUCUUUUAUUUGUGUUGCUGAAAUGCCGCAAAAAGGACAAAAAGCUACCUAGUAAUAUCGAUAUGUCUCCACAAGAAACAUGGAGAAGAAUUUCUUACCAUGAACUUGUGAGAGCAACAGAUGGAUUCAAUGAGCACAACCUACUCGGCAAAGGGAGUUUUGGUUCAGUUUACAAAGGAAGACUUGGUGACGGCACGGAGCUUGCAGUAAAAGUAUUCCACCUGCAAUUUGAAGAAGCUUUUACUAGUUUUGAAGUUGAAUGUGAAGUAAUGAGUCGUAUUCGUCAUCGAAAUCUUGUCAAAAUCAUCACUUGUUGCUCUAGCGAUGAUUUUAAAGCACUGGUAUUGGAGUAUCUGCCAAAUGGGAGCCUAGACAAAUGUUUGUAUUCUAACGACAAUGUUUUGGACAUUUCACAGAGGUUGAAUAUAAUGAUUGAUGUUGCAUCAGCUUUGGAAUAUCUCCAUUUUGGUUAUUCAUUCUCAAUUGUUCAUUGUGACUUAAAGCCAAGCAACGUCCUCCUAGACGAAAACAUGGUUGCACAUUUAAGUGAUUUUGGCAUCACUAAGCUCUUAGGUGAAGAACAGUCUAUGACACAAACACAGACCCUUGCCACCAUUGGUUAUAUGGCUCCAGAAUAUGGAAGAGAAGGAAAAAUAUCUAGAAAAGGAGAUGUGUACAGCUAUGGUAUCAUGCUAAUGGAAACAUUUACAAGGAAGAAGCCAACGGACGAAAUAUUUACCGAAGAUAUGAGUUUAAGGAAUUGGGUCGGUGAAUCAUUAUGCAGCACAUUGAUGCAAGUCUUGGACACAAAUUUGCUAAGAAGGGAUGAUGAACAUUUCUCUAGCAAGGAGGAAUGCAUGUCAUCUAUCUUAAGUUUGGCUAUGGAGUGUACAAGAGAGUCACCUGAGGAUAGGAUGAGCAUAAAAGAAGUAGGAACAAGACUCAUCAAAAUUAGAGUUGAAUUUGCAAAAAUCGGAACAAGAAGAGGCAAAAGGGUUUUAAAUUUACAUUAAUGUCCUUCUAUUGUCAUUGAUAAUAAAGUCUGUUCAGGUGAUCAGCCAUACCCUUGAACCUUUUUUGGGCUUAUGUUAUGUUAUUUAACUAUUGGCUCUUUUGAUUUGUAGAGAGAAAUGGAUGAGCUUGCUGCCAACUGCCCAUAAAUUGAACGGCCUGAGUUUCAGAGAAGCUAUGUGUAAAGAUGAAGCAACCUUUAACUUUUUCUAAGCCUAUGAUGACAAGAAGCACUUGUAUUGAGUUUUUGAAUUUGAUAGACCUUAAUGUACUGAGGACAAAGUUUAAGGGGUUUGAAAAGUUUCCCAUUUCUAAUAAAGAUGAA